UAAAACUAAUUGUGGCUAGUGACGAGGAUUCAAUGAAAUCGAUGAAAUGAAUUAUAAAAAUAAUAUUUUUAGACCUAGACCAUUCAAGAAACACAUACAACAACCUUGCAACUAGAAACAGCUUUCAUAAAAGAUAAAAACAAAUUUAAUUGGAACAAAAAAAAAGAGGAAAAAGUUAGGUUGUGCUUAGAAAAGAAGAAAAACAAGAGUAAGAGCGCAGCUGAAUAUCAUUUGCGGGGAACCCAUCUGAAUUGUUGAGAGAAGGUGGUGAAUCUAAGUGAAAGAGAAUGAGGUGCUUUAAUUUGGCCGAUCCCAUCUGAACUCAAUACAUGUGGCUGACUUUCUGCUGUAAUGAAUUAGUGGAAGAUAUUGCAACUCUGAUUUCAGAAAGAGACACACUAGCAGCGAGAUGACAUAUGAAUUAGAUGAACAAAAAAAGGUUGGGUUAGGUCUCAUUGGAUUUGGCAUCUUUUUCACUUUUCUUGCCAUAAUGUUGUUCUUCGACAGGGGUUUGCUUGCGCUGGCAAAUAUACUUUUGUUAGCAGGUGUAGCACUUCUGUUGGGUUUGCGUUCUACAUUACAGCUCUUCAAAGUAAACUACAAGGGCACAAUAUCAUUUAUGCUUGGGCUCUUUCUCAUAUUUGUUCGCUGGCCAGUUGUGGGUAUCAUUGUGGAAAUAUAUGGAUGCAUUAUUCUCUUCGGUUGUUUCUGGCCAUCCAUCAAGGUUUUUCUUUUCCAGAUUCCUGUAUUUGGAUGGAUUCUGCAGUAUCCUGCCCUGCUUCUUGACCGCUUUCGUAGCUGACUGACUGAUUUGUCUACUCCAGUUAUCCUGUUUGUAAAAGAGGAAGAAUAUACUGAGCUAGGUUGUUUGUCAUGUAAUGCAGAUUGUUGUCUUCAAAUGUAUAUUAUAUGUUGAUUAGGAUUAUAAUAAUCAUCAGUUCUGAAGUAGCAAUUCUUGUUAUCAAGUUUUCUUAUACUAUCUAUCCCCUGUUUCCUCUACCAUUUUCUAAGGGAAAACUUUUUGACAUAUAGUAUCAGUCAUAUUUUGUAUAUUUAGAAGAAGAAAAAAAUGAACUCAAAAGUCA